GCAGGUACGUAGUCUUUGACCAACCUCUGUUAUUGUGUAUGGCAUUUUGAUUUCAAGGACAACUAGAUAUCCCUCGGCUUGGUGAAAUUUAUGACGUCGGCUUUCUCCGUGUUCCCAUGUGUCGAGAAGCAGCGCGGGGCCCGUUGCGAAGGGCUGGCGUUGGAGGGCGUGCGGCCGCGCCUCGUGGCUUCUAGAGCGCGCAUGCCCGCCUGGCUUGGACCGAGCCUUUGAGCAGGCCCCAUUGCGGAGCCAGGAUGGCGCUGUCGGACGCCGGCAGCUCUCUCUCCAGGGCGCCUGGGCUCCAGGACGUGGCGGCGGCAUCGUCCGUCGCCGACACCGCGUCGGAUUACCGAACAGUCGACAAUUCUGGCCUUGAAUCUACAUUCGUAAAGACCAUCUCUCAAAACUACAACGCGGACGAGCUGCGCAGGAUUCUCAGCGACAUAUACUGUUCCACCGUGCACUCCCUGAACUUGGAGGUCAUUCAGAUGUGGCUGCACGUAGUACAGGACAUUCGUGCUUUCCUGCUUGCCCACGAAAACAAAGAUUUCCUGCAGCUGUACUCCAAGUCAAUGCACCUCCGGCUGACCACUUGCUGGAACGAGAUAUUGUACGCGAUCAUCGGCCACGUCCGGCACGCUCCAAAUCUCCUAGGCCAGACCUUCCAGAGAUCAGCUGGAAACAAGAAGCUCACAAUCAACAGCUGCAUUGCCUGUUUCUGUCACUUCUGUAACGAAGUCGGCCUUACCUGGAACAAGGGGGUCAGUGACAUCCUGGGUCUUCUGCGGGAUAUUCUCACUGUUUUGAAAGAAAACCGCCAAGAUUCUUCACUCAUAGAAACGUGGAUCCGGCAGGCUGAGGAGUCGCAGGCUAACAUAACGAGUGCGUGUACCGAAUUCCAGAAGUCUUUCAAGGUCCUCACGUCGCUCGUGGAUGAGGAACAGGUUCCCUCUGAGGCACUCCUCAUGCACAAGCUGUUCACCGUCUGCACGGGCGAAAUGCGGGAAAGCCUGGAAUCGGAGAUGAUGUCGCAGUUGCAGGACGAGGUUCUCAUGUCUGAUCGCUGCGUGUCGAGCGCCGCCGUGCUGCAGGCGAAGACUACGGUGCUGAAGGCCUGGAACGACACGAUCGGCAAGCUGCUGGCCACGUUCGCGCGGACGUGGGCGCAGGACACACGACUCGCUGUCACUGAUAUCUACAUUACUGCGCUCGAGACUUUUUAUGGGUCGUGGGCGCGUAUUCUGUGCAGCGUCAUGGUGGCAACUGACCUGCUCGAGAGCGACUUUAUUCGAGUCGAGCUGGAUCCGGCUACGGUGAAGGCUGUGCAAGCGGGAAUCAUCGCCGACUUGAGCCGCGAGACGGACCUGAUGAAGGCGCCGCGGACAGACGAAGGCGGAAGCUCGCCGGCAUCGGAUCCCUUCCCGUUGACCAACCCCACUUAUUGGUACAAGAACUGGCUGGCGCUAGCGCACAGCGUGGAGCAGAGCGUGUUCGCGCUGGGGGACCUGCUGACGCGCCAGGAAAGGGCAACCACGGAGCAGGCGUCGCUGAGUCGCCUCUACCAGGGGGCCGCCAGCUGCUUGGAGCGCUAUGAGCAGGCUUGUUGCCUGCUGCGCCACUUUGCCCUCUUCGAGGCCAACACCAGCACGUGCGCCUGGCAAACGAGCCGCGCCUGCGAGAAGCUCCUGCGUUCUCUGACCGAGCACCUGGCUCCGGUGGGAGUCAAGCCCACUAGGCUACGAGUCGUUCAAAACGGAUUCGAGGCACUGAAGGUCGACCUCCUGACCAUGCUUCGGGACUUGCGUAAAGAGCGAGCCGUUCCCGAGAAUUACGUGGUGAUUUUUCGAUCCCACGUGACGGAAUGGCUCGGCCGUCUCCGGAUAGCUGCCGGUGACAUACGUCAGGAGGCCCUCGAGGCAGCGGAGCGCAUGCGCGCUGGGUGCAGCGACAGGACUAAGCUGGACGAGUGCAUCGCCGCGCUGCCGUCGCGCCUCGAGGAAGGCUGCAGCAACAUAGAGGCCCAGCUGCAGCGGUUUUGUGCCAAUGAAACCUGGAAAAUUGACGACAUCGGUAUCCUGGCGCAUCUUUCCAAGUCGCGGAGCAAGAUCUAACGGCUUAUUGCCACUCCCACAACUAGAGAAACGAUAACAAAAAGAAAGAAAUCCAAGCUGAAAUUUCCCACCGAAAAAAAAAAAAAAUUGUAGUUAAAGACAAGCCAUGAACGGAAUAAAUUGGGCAUACACGAACAA